GUUCGAAUCACGCUCGCAAACUAAUAUGAAUCAGUUUCGAUCGUUAGUGCGGAACAAGGCGCCUAACAUUCGUAUUCAGGAUCAAAUGCAAGACCAGGUCAGAACGUUGGACAGGAAUUUCUCGCGCAGUCAGUUUAACGGUACCGCCCCGCAGAACAAUACGGUACCGAACAUGUACGGUACAUACAAUCGAGCGCAGGGGAGGCAGGAAAAGCCGACGGUGGCCACGCUAAGUCAGGUACAGGGUAGCGAUCCUAAUCUGUAUGCUGUAACGGAACUCUAAUCGUGAAAAAUGGAAGAGGAUGCGGGAUCGUGAGUAUUCGCAGAAUAGAUAUGCGUCAUCAUUUUAUAAAGAGUUACGUCCUUCAACAAAACUCAAAACAUACGAUUCGGAGUUCCUAUUUAAAAAAAGAAAAACAAAAGAAAACGGCAAACUAGAUUUCGGGGACCUGCGAUAAAAGUGAGAGAAACAGAGGGGGCGAAAAAAGAUUUUUAGAAAACUUAGAAACUUGUGUGAGACAUACUUUAUAUCUGAGAUUUUGUAUUUGUAUAUCAUGUACAGUGAUUGUGGUACGUCCUUCUACGUUAUUCUCCCUCUUUGUUAUCGCGUUCUUGAUUAGACCGCGCGCGAAGUAUCCAGAGGACAGGCCGGAAUGCAUACUUAAAGCGGCAACUGUACGUAUUUAUAUUGCUUGUUGACUGACUUGAGAGCAUGAACGGACAUGCACAAGAGAAACCUUCACACAAAGCUUUACAUUGAUAUCGUUUACAGAGAUACUGCUCGCUUGUUCAUUCUAAAUUAGCCGUUAAUUUCGCGUGCGAUGUUUAAACGGGCAGUCGGAUAUUGCGACUCCCGAAGGAAAUACCAAAACAUAAUGAGGGAACUACUGAGAUAUACGGUUUUUAUAUACUUUUUACAUUUUAACUGAACGAAUCUAUGUUGAAUUUUUCGUGAGAAAUAUUUAAUAUACUUUAUAUGUGUGUGAAAACGUAUAUAUACAUCUAGUUACCGUACGAAUGUCUGAGUGAUUUUUACAAGACUCUUUGGCAGAAUUCGAUUAUGGGCCCCGCUCGAUACUGCCAGUGCUCAGGCGAAUAUAUUUUUUAAGUACAAAGACAGUGUGUGUUAUUAGCACAAGCGUUAUGGAUUUUCAGUUUUUACGUGCAAACAAAAAAGGAGCUGAUAGGAAAACUGAAAAAAGGGAAAUGAUUGUUCAACGUAUUGAUGAAAGAUAUUUGGAAACAAACUUCCACACAGGCGGUAUUAAUUUUAAAAAAAAGAUACUCUUUUUAAAAAGACAGUGAGAAAAAUUAAUCUGUCGUGAAAAACUGAAUCUUAAUAUACUUCUUAAGAAUCGAGAAUGAAUUUUCUGCGGAGCGCAGUCUUCCUGAAACAUUCUGUAACAUCAGCGAUAUACCGGGUAUAUUUGGCGAUUAUUCGGUACCCGCUGAAUCGAACGAUCGGGUAUGAGUACGUUGGAGGAAUAUUUUUGUGCCUGAAUAAUAGCCGGUUGGACAAGUGUUGUUUACUAUUACAAGUAUCCAGCGUGUAUCCGAUUGGCGAUGCCUCUUCAAUCGCCACGGAUGCCUGUCUCUGACCAUACUCGGUAUAUCUCUUUCUCUUUAGAAUUGAUCCUAUCUAAAAAAAAGUUUGUAUAAGAAUCGAUAGAUUUUCAGCAAUCGCAAAAUGACUUUGUACUGGCAUCCGCAUAUAAUUCAGUAAGUUUGUAUAUAAAACAGUAACACGUAAGAUUAUCGAAUAAACGUGAAAAGUGUGAUAAAACUGAAUCUAGAUGUUAUUACAAAUUUUGCGUGGAAGCAUUUUUUAAUAUUAUUUGAUCACGACUUUCGAUACGGAAAGAGAAAUCGUGCCAUUCCAGGAAUACAUGCAUUUAAGGCAAACUACUUUCCAAGAUUUUCUUAGGGCUUGCGUUUAGUCGAGUGAAAAUCAAUUAUAUAAUCGCAAUACCGAGCAUUUUAAGAAGAGCGUGAAUAGCAAAAGAACUUAAUUCAAUGUAAAUAAUUGUAAUAUUUAUUACAGAGAGCAACAGCUCGUAGACUAGUAGCAUAUAGUUUAGUUAAAUGCUAAUUUAAGUUUCGACGAUAAAUAUACGAAUAUGCGCACGCGGGGUAUCGACCGCGCGCGCGUAAUAGGAAAUGAACGAAUAUCGUUUUGUUCACUUUGAAGAUGAAGAAAUAUCCUAGUCACAGUAUAUAAAGUUGUGUACAUUCAGUAAUAAGAUCUCUUGCCAAAUUUUGAACUCGGCUCAAUUUGAAAAAAAAAACGAACAAAAAGAAUAAGACACGUAAAGAGAGAAAUCUUUUUUCUCAAAAAAUAUUUGUAUCGUCACUACUAAUACGUACGGAAACUAUAUUAGUGCGUCAUUGCUCCCCCUCCCCCGAUACAUGUUCUAGAUUUUAAGAUAAAAAUUGCUUAUCGAGAAAGUAUACAAUCCAACUUCAGUGUUUUAGCACAGAUAUGCGCUGCAACCGUAAUGUAUGGCAAUUUGUAUGUUACAUAUUUACUUUACUCUCUUAUUUUUCAACAAGUAUUUUCGCUAUUUUAUUGUUCAAUUCUUCGCGAUAUCGAUUUACAAUAAGACUUUGAUAUCAUUCGAUUUAUUAAAAAAAAGAAUGUUUCAGUUUUUAUUUAUUAAUUUGAUACAUAUUUAAUGUCUUUUUUUAAUGGUUCAUAAAACACUGGAGAUGGACAUCUUCAGAUAUUGUAACUUUGGUUACUUGAGGUUUUACACCAAAGCGCGCAAAAACGGGAUCAACAUAGCAUUGUUUAAAUAGAAAAAUCUGCAAGUAAACGUCGCUUGUCAGUCGAUGAAAAUUAUACUCGAAUAUUUCGCAACGAGAUGUUCGACUCGCGCUCAAUAAUCUGGGCAAAAUUAACGACGUGCGAGACUCACAGGCGACCAAGAGCCCGUUUAAUACGUAUUUUAAAAUAAUCUAGAACACAGAAAACUGUUGUUAAACUCUUAAUAUGCAAAUUUGUAAUUUAGAUGAUUGUUAACGGAACUUUUAUUCUACUCGUUUGUCAAUUUUUAUAGUAGAAACAAGAGUCUGAGGCACAUUGCACACCAGUUUUCUAACGAAUAAAACAGCGUUUAAGUUUCUCAUCAUUUUUAUACGGUAAAUGUAAUGUGGUGUAAAAGAAGGCGAGAGCAUCUGCGUAAACACGAACAAAAGAGGAAAAAAGAUCAGGAUGAUUGAGAACAAGAGAGUAUGUGCGUGAGAGUGUACAUGUUAUUAUAUACAUAUAUGUAUGCAUGAGAAAGAGAGAGAGAGAAAGAGAACAGAGAAACUCAUUAUUUUCAAAGAUAAUGGAAGUGAUGAUAUACGACGUUGAAAAACUCAUUCGAUUUGGAGCAUUUUCUUGGCCUACGGCAAUUUCUUAUCGCAGAAGAAAAAAAAUAUAGCUAAUAAACGAAAAUCAAAAAGAAUUUUGCAGAAUUUGAUUAAAUAUUAUACACGACAUCGACGUAUAUGUAACAGAGAAAGAGAAAGAGAGAAAGGGAGAGACGGGAAACCUAAGCUUUUGUGCACCUUCUAAGACUGAUACUGGAUAUAUGGAAGGAUCCAGGGCUCUAAUGUUUUAAUGUCUUUUCUGUAUAUUCGUAUAUUGCAUAAGUACGUAAUGUUUUACACGUGUUCGGCAUUUGGAAUGUGACGGGACGCUUGUUUCUGUCUUGGGUGUUCAUCAGUAUCUUCUAUCUUCUGUUCGACAUUCUUUCAAUUUAAUUCCGAAUGUAUCUCUUGCUAUUAUUAGUAAAAUAUAGAGAUAGUAUAAGGAUACUAUCUUUUCUUCUUUCUCUCUCACUGCGCGAAAGAGAUUUAUUUACAAAGUAUAUGUAGAGGCUACUCUCGACUACUCCAGAGAACUUAUGUAAGUUAUAAUGUUCUAUUGUGUCUUUCUUUGUACGUGCGGUUAUGCGAAUUUUGAUGUAACAUAAAAAGACUUAUCUCGAAGGUGUGUAGGAGACGAAUGGAGAACGAACGAAGCUCGUUAAUCGAUACUACUUUUUGUAUAUUACGAUUGUGUCUAAUUGCCAUAUUCCGAAUUUAAUUCCUCCUAUUGUAACGGAACAUGAAUAUUAUAAAAAGAGAAAUAAAAACCUAAGAUCC